CGUAACACCGACAAGUUUGCGCCAAGAACGGUUAAGCAAAAUGAACAAGAACCGGACUCAAUUGAGAAAAAACGAACUAAAUGAACGAUAACGAUAAUUUUCGAUCACUCGUUCAGCUCACGCUCAGCUGUUCUGCGGUUUUCAAGCAAAACAAACUUUAUACGAUGCCAAACAAAGUACUGCUAGUUUUGUUAUUAUCGCUAUCCGCGUCCAACACAAACGCUGAACUCUCUGGUCUGUUUAACAUCCUGCAAUAUUUUGGCAUUUACUCUGCGGUGCAACCAGAAGAACUCGGUCAAUCACGCGGCCAAUGCCACUACAGCUUCACAAGGCAUGUGCUCCAGCUCGAGCAACAUACUUGCCUACCCGAUGACAAGCACAUUCUGCACCUGCUGCAGGAAAGGCGUCAGCCUGUGCGCAAACCACCCAUAAUGGUAAAAUGCCUACAACCCGAGCCACUAGACAAUGUCACAUACGCGUCAACAAAGCUGCUGGUCGUGGAAAACAGCAAGGACAUCGUCAACUUGCUAAAGCCUAUUGGCAAUGCCACCAAGAGGCAUGAGCACGGUAGCUGCGUUAUCGUCCACUUUUGCACAGCUAGCAGUCUGGGAUGCGCCAAGGUGGCACCAGUAAUUAACCUGCUACCCUAUCUGUUUCCAAUGUUACGUAUUGCUUACAUCGAUGCCUAUGAGUUUCCUGGAUUCAACGCAGAAUUCGGGAUCGUCGGCCUGCCAACACUUAUGAUAUUUCACCAAGGUCGGCCUAUUGUCAAGUAUCAGUCGGAAGAACGUAGUUAUAGCAAAUUCAUUACGCGACAUACCAACAUCAAGCCUAUCGACUCAAAAACUAUACAUCCCUUAAUCAGAAGCUUGACGCGGGAUUCUGCAUUUCCUCUAUCGAAGGUACCGGCGGUGCAGACGGACUAUUAUCUGGGCAUGGCUUGGGCCUUUAUUUUAGUCUGUCUUGUCAAUUAUUUGCGACGGACUCUAUUGUGGAAGCAGCUGGUGGAAAUGGUGCAGCGCAACUGGCGAGAGUCGGAAGAAACUCAAAUGGAAAUGGUGGAUUAGAGAUUUAAGUUAUUCUUUCUAUUUGAUUUAGGCCAUAUGGAUGUCGCUUAUGCUAUUUUCGCAAGUGAUAUCUAAAAUUAAAAUAAAAUUAGUUGCAAACAGGCAAAUAGGUA